AGAGGCCAUAUUGGUGUUGUUGGGAUUCAGGCGCGAACAGAGCUGCUAGUUUUCUCCCACACAGCUUUACAGCAGGGUUUGUUCGCUUUAUAUACGCCCACCACGACACACCUAAACGUCGUGUGUGUGCGUGUGUCGCAGACUGCGAACAGGUGGCUUUCGAGCUGUAACCUAUAGCAGGACGCGCUUUUUCUGUUGUUGCGCCGCGUUAUUAUUAUUUAUUUUUUUGUGUGGGGAGGAAAAAUUACAUAAUAGUCGGAGGCGCUAAGCUCAUGGCACUGCAGUGAAUCGCUUCACAAAGAAACACUGCGCUCUUUGCUGAGUAAACUCCAUUGCCUUGACUCUUGCAGUCUGAGCUGAAAGGAGACCAUGGUGUAUUCUAAAGUGCACACACACACCACCGCUCAACAGCAUGAUGCAGACAACACGGGCUAUACCUACUCUCUCAGCUCCAGCUACUCUUCGUCUGCUCUGGAGUACGAGAGGGAGCACAAACUCGCUCCUGUUUUCGAGUCGCCCAGGAUGUCGCGACGCAGCCUGCGCCUGCACACCAACUCCGCUCACUACGGAGACGACAGCCUGCUGGACUCCUCGGUCAACCGCGGCGCUUCCUACAGUACCGAAAGCCGGGUUCACCGGGAGAGCAAGACCGUGAAGAGCAGGAGGUCUCGACGCUCCGUAUCUGGUUCAAGUACGCUACUUCAGACUCCGGUGAAGAGUCAGUCCUUGGCACUGCAGGCCCACAACAGCAGCAUGCACAGCUGUGCUGCAAGCGACGCCUCACUGCUGUCCUCCCUGCUAGACGAAUCGAGCAUCCAGGAGCGCACACUCGUCGACAGCUUUUGGGGGUUGGAUAAGGAUGGAGAUCUCAAAGAUCAGACUGUCCAUGCGGACCACAGCUUCUCCCUCAACAACAGCGGCACGCACGUGGCUCAGACUCAGACCUCCACAAUACACAACAGCUAUUUCUGCAAUAACUGCGUGGCCAGCCGCUCUGACAGGAGAGAUGCUCUCCAUGCCUACACCUCCUCUAAAGCCUGCUCCUCCUCCUCCUGUUCGUACUCCUCGGCCGCUCUGCGCAGCACCGCAGUGGAUGGAGCCGCCUCGGCUGCAAGCGCGUCCUUCUCCUCUCCCCACACUACAGUGUACAGCCGAGAGCGGAGCCGCCGACACAGAGCCGGUGUGCUCGGAGUGGUCUCAGAGGCCUUCCUGCAUUACAGCAGGAGAGUCUGUGCCUCUGUAGUGUGUGUGUUUUCCAUACUCGUGCAGAGCGUUCUCAAGACCGGCCAAUUAGGCAAAGUCCAGCUGUGCUCACUGACAGACCGGUGUGUGAGGGUGUGCAAGAGGGCAGGUGCAGCCCUCACACGUCCGGCUCAGUUUAUUGGGCUGAGGAAGACCAGCAGUGGCCGUGUUAACGGAGGUCAUGCUAGUUACUGUGGAACCAUGAAUGUAAAUGAAACGCUGACUCAAAAGGACCCGCACACUCUUAAUGGCCCUCUGUGCGACGACUGCAAAGAGAAACAGACUUCAAGGACAAUCGCGGUCUCCACAAGUUCUUCCGGAGCCCCGUGGCUAGUAGAGGCUUUGUGGGUCCUUGUAACAUUCACAGGCAGCAGUGUGUUAAAGGCGGGCCAGGACGUUGUUUCGGCAGCCUGGUUUAUCUCGAGGAAGAUUCUUUCUGUUCUCUAUUUGGCUGCAGUGUCUCCAGGCAGUGCAGCUUCAGGGGCGUUCCAGUGGCUGGGAACAGCCUGGUACCAGUUGGUCAUGCUCAUGUCUCUGUUCAACGUCUUCUUCUUGACUAGGAUCCUGCCCAUACUUCAGAAACUUUUCCUGGUUGUUCUUCCCUUUGUGCUUACUCUUGCCGUCCUGUGGUACUGGGGGUUGUUCAGCUUCUCGACCAUUUGGCCUGUAGCGAACGUGACUAGAGACUCGGCCGUAAAUAAUGCCGCGGAUGUUCAACCCGAGAUCACGUUAUCACACCCGACCAUUGAGGUUCAACCUGAGAUCACGUUAUCAGACCCGACCAGUGAGGUUCGACCUGAUCUUACCGUAUCAGAUACGACGUCACGGCAGGAGCUGCCGUUCGUAUCCGAGGCCGAUUCCGAACGACUCUCGCGGAUAGAGCAGAGCCUCGAGAUGCUGUGGGAGAAGGUGACGACGUCAGGCGGCAAACAGGACGAGCGGCACGCCGAGGUACUCGGGCUGUGCAGCUCACUAAAAGAAGAGCUGCGUACAAACACAGAUAAAGAGACCAUGGACCAGUGGGUGGGCAAGCUUCUAGAGCAGAGAAUAAGCUUGCUGAGAGAAGAGAUCGCAGAGAAAGAGACUGAGCACUCGCAGCAGCAUCUGGAAGAGUUUGAAGCCGGCUACCGCACUCAGGAGUCCCGGCUAGCCAAGAUCGAAGCUCUUCUUCAGGACCUGGCGCAAAGAACAGAGGAGUUGCAAACAAGACCAGACGCCGAGACACCGUCUAUAGUCAGUGGGGAAAUGGAUAGCGCUUCUCAGUUGACUCUGUUGGCACAAGUGCGCAAGCUGGAGGAGGCUCUGAGCGACAUCAGGGCGGACCUGCAGGGGGUGACGGGCUGUACGGGACGGUGCGGGCAGCUGGAUUCUCUUCAUGACACAAUAUCUGCGCAGGUCAAGGAGGAGCUUCGGGUUCUUCUGUACGGCAGCGAGCAGAAGGACAUGAAGCUGCCAGGUUCUUUAGUGCAGUGGCUUUCGACUCAGUUUGUGAGCAACUCCGACCUGCUGGCCUCACUCGGUGCUCUGGAGAAGAGCAUUCUGGGUAACUUGUCUCUUCAGCUAGAGGAGAUGCAGCAAAAACCAAGUGAAGAGAUGAUCACGCAGAGUGUCCUGCAAGCCACUGAGCUAUCCGGCUUAUCAGAAGAGGAUGUCCAACUGAUUGUACAAAAUGCUCUGAAGCGCUACUCUGAGGACCGCAUUGGCCUUGUGGAUUACGCUCUGGAGUCUGGAGGUGGCAGCAUCCUGAGCACACGUUGUUCUGAGACGUACGAGACAAAGACUGCACUGAUGAGUCUGUUCGGUUUUCCUCUUUGGUAUUUCUCCCAGUCUCCCCGUGCAGUCAUACAGCCAGAUGUACAUCCUGGUAACUGCUGGGCAUUUAAAGGUUCCACUGGCUAUCUGGUGAUCCGUCUGUGUGUGAAGAUCGUUCCCACAGCCUUUUCCCUGGAACACAUCCCUAAAGCUCUCUCACCUACCGGCAACAUCAGCAGCGCCCCACGCAACUUCACAGUCUAUGGUCUAGAGGAUGAGCAGCAGGAGGAGGGGCAGCUGCUCGGGCAGUACGUCUACCAAGAGGACGGAGACGCUCUACAGACCUACCCGGUUACGGAAAACAACACUGAAGCCUUCCAGAUUAUCGAGCUGCGAGUGCUGAGUAACUGGGGUCACCCAGAGUACACGUGUCUGUACCGCUUCCGGGUGCACGGCGAGCCUGUACAGCAGUGAUCAAACACUAAACUGGAUGUGGAGUUUCACAGAGGAGGUACCACGCCACUCUACUCUGUCCCAAUGUGGAGACGCGUUACAUGAUUGAUUGCUUUUAACCGUCAGAGUUUUGCCUCUACGCUUUGCACUCCUGUAUCUCGGACAAUACGGACAAUUCAUCUCCAUCUGGAACUUUUGGUUUUUAUUCCCCCUCCUCUGUGUGAUUUCUACUCCAGCAUGCGACACAAAUACAGAGCAGCGAACUCGGCGUGGUCUGAACUGCACUGAACAACACUCAGUAUGAUUAAUCGAAACAAAAUGGACUACAGUGUAUUUUAAACAGCAUGUUGUAAAUAUUGUCAAUAGUUUGUCCGCUUUAAGUGUGUCCUAAUAAUUUUGCAUUUUCCUAUAUAUAGUGUAAUGAUUUUCAAGUGCCCAGCUAAGAGAGACUGUUAUUAAUCACUAUUUAUUUUUUUAUGUAUUUGUGUUGAUCUUAGUAAGACUUUAUAUUGUGUAUUUUUGUAAAUGCUUUUCAAAUCAUUUUGUAAUUAUUGAGGGACCACAGGAUGGCUUUUGCAAUGAAGUUAUAUUUUGUUUGUGUGGGAUGUUCAAAUAAAGACUAAUUUUUUUAGA